AUGCACCCUCGCUCCUGCCGCACAUACACUCCGCGCCCAUGUACAGAACAUCGCCAGCGUCACGCAACUUGUGCUUUGGCCUGUCCACAAGUAGGGAAAGGAGAAGCUAACGGUGGAGAUGAGCUGGGAGAGAGGAGGUCGAAGCCCUCGAUGCUGCGCAUGCUCGCCUGUUUGUUCCCUCAAACUCUUCGAACCUCGAUCCCCCUCGCCUACCCAACUGUACCCGUACCCAUCCGCGGCGCCCGCUACCCAGACCCACACUCGCCUCCCCUUAAUCCGCUCAAGGCUCCCGUCAACCACGCCAGUAUCACGCUCUCUCAACGCCUCCACGCUCGCGCUGCCCCACAACAUGUGAAGCAUUGCGGCCGUUCAAACGUCAACAAGGACGACGAGGUCCAGCUGGCGGCAGAGGAUAAUGAUGAGGACAAGCAAUGGCAGCGGCGGAGAAUGGGCAUAGACAAUGAGGACAUCCACGAUGGAUGCAGCCUGCGUCCCAUCUCCCUGUCGACCGUUCACGCCCCCACCCUCAACAUCAUACACGCCUUCAAUGCUAUGAAUCACAUUGACCGUCAAUCGCGCCCUCAAGCCCACGACACACGGCAAGAACUAGCAUUGGAGAAACCUGAUGUUGAAAGUUCUGCAACGGUGAAGUUCACAAGAUGUGAAACAACGGCGCGCUAUCUGCGCGCCGCCACCGCCGCCGCGUUCUACGAACGUUACGUCUUCGCCACUGUCAACAUGGAAGAGAGCCUCGUAUCUGCGAGACCUUCUCGGCAGAACGUUGUCGGACACAGGACACUAGAGGGCCUCAAGCGAGCUUCAGACGAGUGUACGAUAGCAGCAGAACAUGCGCUAUCACUGUUCCAGCAGUCUCGAGAGUACGGUCGUGCGACAUGCCCAGCCUCGCAGCCUCAUUCUCCCCUUGCCCGUUCACCCACACGAUUUGUGGGCGAAAUUUUUCGCCCGAAGUGGAAGGAGCACCACUCUACCUCGAUCGUAAUGAACAGCUCUCAAUCCAACUCUUCGCUCGUCUCUCGGUACCUCUUCCUUCUCCGCGAUCCCUCGUCCACGCCCUAUCCUCGAGGGACUAACCUUUCCCUUCCCGACCCCGUCUCUGUCCUCGUCCACGCCUACGCCCCCGCUCACCGCCGUCUCUUUCCCCUGCGCCACCACGAUGUCGGCCGCGGAGGCCAUCGUGACCGUCUGAGCGUCAAAGACGAUGACAACGAGGACCACACUGACAAUCAUGACGACAGCGACAACGACCACGCUGAGGAACGGCGAUGGCGGAAAGAUAAGCUGGGAAGAGAGAGGGCGCGGACGACGAGGAUAUCCAUGAGCCCCUCCUCCGACGCCGCCAUCCAAGAACUCGCUGCAAGACCGGCCCCCGCGUGGGGGCAGCCUCAGCUACCGCGCGCACCACCCCCGUCCUCCCAGCUCUCCUCCACCGACGCCUCGCGCACGAUCGACACCCACACCGCGUUCUCCCCAUUCAUGGCAACUCCGUCUUCUGCCUCGCUUGCGAGACCCGCAACGAGAAGCUCACGGCCGCCAGCCUUGACUGCAUCUCCAAGCUCAUCUCCUACUCCUUCUUCGUCGAGGCCAGGCCUCCCGAACACGCAUCCUCCCGUCCCCGCCCCUGUCCCCGGGUCCGGGCCCAGCCACUCCACCUCGAGCGCCUCCCAGAGCAACCUCCCCCCGCCCUCGCUCGUGGACCUCGUCGUGCAUACCACCACCACCUGCCACACCGAGUCCACCGCCGACUCGGUUAGGCUCCAGGUCGUCAAGGCCCUCCUCGCUCUCGUUCUCUCCUCCACCAUCCUCGUCCACCAGUCCUCGCUCCUCAAGGCCGUCCGCACCGUUUACAACAUAUUUCUCAUGGCUGACGACGCCCCGUCCGCAAAGCGCGACUCGUUCGCGCCGUCCACGCCGGACAUCGAGCCGCCGCGCGCGCUGCCGUCCCAGGACAAGGUGCCCUCGGCAGAUGACAUCUCGCUCGAGAUCCCGCUCCCUCUUUUGCCGCUGGUAGCUGCCCACGACGACUUGCCUGUCCUCGAGCUGCCCUCGUCGAAUGGGAUCGAGCACGGCGUGGACAGGCCGGAUACCCCUCACGCGUGGGUCUCCCUCGCACAGUUCCGCUUGUGUCCCCUUUUCACUGUUCUGCACGCGAGCGAGCUCUCGCCCGAGCACCCCAGCCCAGGGGCAUCAUGCUCCCCCGGCACACACGAUGACGAUCAACGACCUCUUCCUCAAGGAUGCCUUCCUCGUCUUCCGAUCCAUGUGCAAGCUCACAAUGAAGCCCCUCAACUCGGAAAGGUUCGCUCUCUCCUCCUCGCACCGCAUCCACAUCACCCCCUACUAAUCCCCGCACCUGCACGCCCCGCCCACAACGAGCACGACCUCAAGUCGCACUCGAUGCGCUCCAAGCUGCUCUCCCUGCACAUGGUGCUCGUCAUCUUCAACGCGCACAUGGACGUCUUCGUCUCGCCCUCGUCGCUCAUCCACUCGAGCUCGUCCCACGAAGCGACCCCCCUCAGCAGGAAAGCAGCCAGCCCCGUCCCGCAGGUGUUCGAGAUCAGCGUCGAGAUAUUUUGGCGCGUGAUCACGGGCCUCCGGACGAAGCUCAAGAAAGAGAUCGAGGUCCCGUUCUACGAGAUCUUCUUCCCGAUUCUCGAGAUGAAGACGUCGACGCUGAAGCAGAAGGCCGCCAUCUUGGGUAUGCUGUCACGCCUUUGUCACGAUCCGCAGGCGCUCGUCGAGAUUUAUCUCAACUAUGAUUGCGAUAGCCAAGUCGCAGACAACAUCUACGAGCACCUCAUGAACAUCAUCACCAAGAUCGGCACCAGCACGCUCCCGUCCGCCGCGCAGCAGAAGCCGGCGGACCCUGCGAGCCCCACGCUGACACCCACGAGCAAGGCGUACGCGCCGGGCAUCCCGCCGUCACUCGUAACGUCCGCCGUGGCCGUCUCAGGCUCGCUCGAUACAUCCGCGCUCGGCCACUCGGAGCAGCAGCUCUGCCGCCAGAGCCUCGAGUGCCUCACUGCCGUGCUACGCUCGCUCGUCGCGUGGGGCACCGCGCCCGACUCUGCGUUGGCCGCGGCCGCGGCGGGUGCAUGGCGCGUCAGCGUCGGCGAGGACGGGUGCCCUGAGGGAUUGACGCCCGACGCGUCGCAGUCGCUGGAUAGGCUCCCGACGGGUGGCCCGAGCGCGGAGGCGACGAGGCAACCGACGCCGGAUAUCCACGACGACCCGGGCCGGUUCGAGAGCGCGAAGCAGAAGAAGACGAUGUUGCUGGAGGGCGUCAAGAAGUUCAACCUUAAGCCAAAGCGAGUGCGUGUUUUCUUCGGCCGAAGAGGGCUGACCGAUGGGCGGGUGUUAGGGCAUACAACUUUUGCUCGAGACGGGUUCAUUCUGAGUAAGGCGCCGCAGGACGUCGCGCGGUUCUUGUUGCAUAUCAAUGGGCUGAGCAAGUCGAUGAUCGGUGAAUACCUCGGCGAAGGGGACGAGGAGAACAUCGCGACCAUGUACACGUUCGUCAACAUGCUCGACCUGCGGAACAUGCCCUUCGUCGACGCGCUGCGCGUCUACCUGCAGGCGUUCCGCCUGCCCGGGGAAGCGCAGAAGAUCGAUCGGUUCAUGCUCAAGUUCGCCGAGCGCUACAUCGAGGGCAAUGCAAACACACCGUUCGCGAACGCCGAUGCGUACACCGCCUACGUGAUCUCGUACUCGGUCAUCCUGCUCAACACGGAUGCGCACAAUCCGCAGGUGAAGAAGCGCAUGACGCGCGCGGACUUCGUGAAGAACAACCGCGGGAUCAACGAGGGCGCGGACCUCCCCGAGGAGCUGCUGUCCGCCAUCUUUGACGACAUCGUGAACAAUGGGAUCCGGAUCAAGGAUGAGGUGGACUCGAGCCUAGUCGUGUCGCUCGCGCCAGGUGCGGGGCAAGCGAGCGCGCUCGCCACGGUCGGGCAGGACUUGCAGAGGGAGGCGUAUAUGCUGCAGUCGAAUGGCAUGGUGAACAAGACCAAGCGUCGAGAUGUCGGUGCUGGGGUGGUUUGCUCACGCGUCGGUUAUGCAGGCGCUGUUCAGGACGAUGAUGCGGUCCUAGUGCAAGGUUUCGCGGAGCGGCGAGCAGUUCUUCAGCGCGUCGAGGUCGCGUGGAUCCCGUUCCUCGCGGGGAUCUCGGGCCCACUGCAGGAGACGGACAACCUGGAUGUCGUGGAGCUCUGCCUCGACGGCUUCCGAAAUGCGAUCCGGAUCGUGUGCUUCUUCGAUCUCGAGCUGGAGCGCAACGCGUUCGUGACGACGCUCGCAGAGUUCACGUUCCUGAACAACCUCGGGGAGAUGAAGACAAAGAACAUGGAGGCGGCCCAGACGCUUCUCGACGUCACAGUCAUGGAGGGCAAUAACCUCAAGGGCUCGUGGCGCGAGGUGCUCUCGCGCACACGAAAGCUGCCCAACGAGGAGCUGGCGAAUGAGAGUAGAUCGACGCACAUCACCGUCGCGGCGGACAUGACCCCUGCUCCUGUACUUGUGCCGCUUGGGUAUAUCAUGAGAGACUUUACGCAUUCCUACCUCGCAGCCUUCCAAGUUUCAACUCAGUCGAUCGGAUUGGCAAGGUCCCACGGCGCCCUCUAUGUUGUUAGCAACACGACAGCUCAAGCAACUCGGUAUUUUAGUAGAAGAUUGUCGUUGUCCCUACAAGAACCUUUUGCACUCCAGCUUUCAAUGCCUUCCGUGUCACAGGAGUGCCUCAAUGCCCUCGCCUCCCGGGUCAAAUCUUCACUCAAGCUCUUGCGCACGCUCAAAGUUCAACAGGCUGCUGCGCAGAGCACCAUCUCCAUGCUCAAGUCGAAGGUUUCCUCGCUCGGGUCACUCGCCCAGGCAUCCUAGACCGUGUCACCGCCAAGAUCCUGUGCAUGCCCGACGCCACUCUUGCCCUCUCGACCCGCUCGAGCGUCGAACCUAACCCUCGAUCCCGCCUGCGCACGCUCGGUUCUCUUCAGUACAUGCAUCCAUUUGCCUGCGACCCAAAUUUAUAUGCACAUCAUGCCACACGCGCUCUAGUGUGUUGACGAGGAGGGUGAGUAACAGCUGGCAACAAAGACAUGAACUAGGGAGAGGGAGGCCGAGCGUCACCAAGCCAGUUCUGCCUUUGUGCCCAUGCGUGAACGUGUGACCCCUCAACGCCAUGCACCUGCCUUUGCAUACUAUCCCCGUUCAUCCGCGCGCUUCCCCCUGUCCCGUCAAGCCCAAGUUAGACUCAUCUAGCCCACGCCCGUCCGCCACCGAAUGCCCUCGAUCCCUUUCAUCCCUUGAGCUCACGCAUCCGCCUUCGCCUGCGACCCAGAUCCGACCCAGAUCCGCUUCCGCAUGACUCAUCCAGCUCGCGCACGCGUGCACGCACAACCUCUCGACGGCCCCUCGACCACUCCUCCCUCGUCCUGGAUCGUUGUUAAAACCAAAGGCACACUCGACCCCGUGCACGCUUGACCCCUCAUCCCCUCAUCCCCGUCGCCCUCGUCCUCUCGAGUUUGCGCACACUCGAUCUCACAUUCGUCAACAGUCCCAUCCUCGACCUAACCUAACUGGCUGGUAGCGUAGGAAGAAGAGGACCGGCAGCGGCGGUGGCGGCUGAGAGACGGGCUGGGAACAUGGAUGGGCGUGGAGGACGAGGAUAUCUAUGGGGAGAUGCACGCUCGCUGACCAGGACAAGCGUCAUGAAGCCCACGCUCCCCACGUUUCCGGCCGUGCAUCCCUUCGAC